ACUCCUACUCUGGUGGCUAUAAUGUACAUAGGACAAGUAUUAUUUCCAUUUUACAGUUGAGAAAACAGGCUUAGAGAGGAAAACCUAUCUUAUGAGCUAUGGUACCAUGAACUAUUUUUUCCCAGGUUUGUCUCUCCCCUAGAUGACUUUAUAAUUGUUUAGGCAGAAAAGUAUUAUCAGAACUUAUAGUAUAUAUGAUUAUUGUAUGUAGAAUUAAUUAUGUAAAAUACUUUUUGCAGAUAUUGAAAAUGAGCCAAGAAAAAAUUGAACUAUUUGAAAGUGAGUUGUCAGAAGAGAGAGAAAGGAAAAAGCAAUUGACAUCUGAUCUUAAUACUGUGCAGAAGGCUUUGAAAGUUGAAAGUGAGGAAUUGCAAAAAUCACAGUCAGAACUUAUAUGCCUUUAUAAUGAAAUUCAAAGUCUUCCAGGGGCAGAAGAAGACAGAGACCAUUUUUUAAUAGCGUAUGACCUGCUACAAAGAGAGAAUUCUGAAUUAGAAACAAAGGUCUUGAAGCUUUCAGAAGAAUUUGAGCAAUUAAAUCAUUUUACUGUAGAGAGAAAAACUGCAGCUAAUUUAAUUACAACUGAAAAUAUCUGUAAAUAUCUUGUGUUUAAAGUACCAAUUUUGGAAGUAGAGAUUCAAAGCCCAAAGGAAGAGAGAGAGGAGCUCUGUCCUGAAUUAGGAGAAGGUAAGCAGAAGGAAAUUCCAGAGGAGGCAGUAAAGGAGGGCACUUUUCCAAGAGAGGGACAGAAGGAGGAGGACUCACAGCAGAAACAAGAUAUGAAAUGCGAAGAACAGCAGUUGACCUUGAAGCCUGAGGAAGUCGUGAGGCUCAGAGAAGGGCUGAGCUGUAUGAAUCAGAGCCUCCUUCGGUCUCAGAGCUCUGGGGAUAGCUCAGAUGACAGUAGCGUCCAGUAUCCAUCAUCUGGAGAAAAACGGAAAUACCAGCAGCAAGAGGAGCUACAGCAACUUCGCCAGAAUUUGCACCGGCUCCAGAUUCUAUGCAACUCAGCAGAAAAGGAGCUUCGAUAUGAGCGAGGAAAGAACUUGGACUUAAAGCAGCAUAACAGCUUACUUCAGGAAGAAAGCAUUAAGAUCAAAAUUGAACUCAAGCAGGCCCAGCAGAAGUUAUUAGACAGCGCAAAGAUGUGCUCUUCACUCACGGCUGAGUGGAAGCACUGUCAGCAGAAAAUCAAGGAACUGGAGCUGGAAGUACUUAAACAGGCUCAGAGCAUUAAAUCACAGAACAACCUACAGGAAAAGCUGGCUCAGGAGAAAUCUAGAGUUGCUGAUGCAGAGAAAAAGAUAUUGGAUCUGCAGCAGAAAUUAGAACAUGCUCACAAAGUCUGUCUCACAGACACUUGUAUUUUGGGGAGGAAGCAACUAGAGGAAAGGAUAAAAGAAGCAAUAGAAAAUGAAGCUAAAAUAAAGCAACAAUAUCAGGAAGAACAACAGAAGAGGAAACUCCUAGAUCAGAAUAUGAAUGAGCUACAAGAGCAAGUGAAAAUCUUAAAGGAUAAAGAGAAUCAACUGGAAAUGACCAGUUCUCAGCAACAAUCCAGAAUUCAGCAACAAGAAACCCAACUUAAACAACUGGAAAAUGAAAAAAGAAAAUCUGAUGAGCAUCUGAAGAGCAACCAGGAAUUGUCAGAGAAGCUGUCUGGGUUGCAGCAGGAGAAAGAAGCUCUACGUGAAGAGUAUGGGCAAUUUUUGAAGCGGCUUGAUGUCCAUGUGAGAAACUAUAAUGAGAAACAUCACCACCACAAAGCCAAACUUCGCAGAGUCAAGGAUCGUUUAGUUCAUGAAGUAGAACUCCGAGAUGAGAGAAUCAAACAACUUGAAAAUGAGAUUGGAGCCCUGCAGCAACAAAUGGAAAAGGAGAAGGCAUUCCAGGACCAGAUCACCACCCAAAAUGAUAUCCUGCUCCUAGAAAAGAGGAAACUUCUGGAGCAGCUCACAGAGCAAGAGGAAUUGAUCCACGGCAAUAAAUGGAUAAUAUCUUCGGUCCAGAGCAGAGUACUUUUCCUGGAUAAAGAAAAUAAGCAGCUACAAGAAAACAGUCUCCGGCUCACGCAGCAGGUUGGUCUCUUAGAGCGAAUCAUAAGGAGCAUCCAGAUCCGCAGAGGGGAGGAAACAAUUAGUGACAUCCCUGAAUUUGAAGUAUUGAAUAAAAUUGUGCCCUUACCAAACUCCAGUUUUUCAGGAACGGGUUUGAUAGAGUCAGCUGGAAGUCUUCAAGAAACUGAAGAACAUAGGUCAGAAGAAGCAAUGGUAAACGCCAAGUCCCUCGAGUCUCUUUCGUGUUCACAGAAUUCUGAAGCUGGAUACAUAAACGUGGCUUCUCUGAAAGAAAUACAUCACAUCCAAGAAUAAGGCCAAGUCAGAACUAUAAAAUCACUGGUGCCUAAAAGUAGACUGAUCAAAGCUGCUAACUUAAAGCUUGGGCGUGAAGGUGGAGCAUGACGUGGAGAAGAGUUAUGACAGAUCCUCACUGGACGUCAACCAGGAGUCUUCAAAAUUGCUGAUAAAUUCAUUAAACCUGUUCUAAUAAUGGAUUUCUCAAGUUUGUUUGGUAUCCUCAAAUGCCUUGUAUUGAUCAAUGUCAUGACUUAAGUUCAGUGGUUUAAUUAGGGUUUUUUUUUUUAAGAUUCUUUUUUUGAUGUGGACCAUUUUUUU